AUGGCCGCCGAGCCCGACAAGGCGGCCGAGAAGCCCAAGGGCAGCGUCUGGUCCUCAAUCAAGGGAGUCUUUGUCUACAUUGAGCUUCUCUUUUCCGCCCAACCGACAUGGAUUGACAUCGGCCUCAUCAUCACGGGCACACUAUGUGCUGUUGCUGCCGGUGUCCCCUUCCCCCUCAUGGGUGUCCUGUUUGGUCAGCUCAUCGAUAACUUCAACGGCGCUACAUGCGCGGCUGAUGGCCAGGACUCGAGUGCCACCGUCGACCCUUUCGAGUACGAGGCUGCCAUCAACGACAAGGUCAUCAAGACAGCCUGGAUCGGUGCCAUUGCCCUUGCUCUGAUCUACGGCCAUCUCACCUGCUGGAACAUCAUCAGUCAGCGCCUCGCCCAACGACUACGAACCCGCUACGUCGAGGCCCUUCUGCGACAGCCUCCGGACUUCUUUGAUACUCGCGGUGCCUCGGGUCAGGUCUCAAGCCGACUCCAUGGCGACAUUACGGCUGUCCAAGCCGGCACAUCGGAGAAGGUGGGCAACAUCAUUGUCACCAUGAGCUUCUUCGUCACCGUCUUCAUCAUCGCCUUUACCAAGCAGCCCAGGCUCGCUGGAAUCUUGGUUUGCAUGUUGCCCGCCUUCCUCCUCUCUGGCAUCCUCGGAGGAAGAUAUCUUGGCAAGUUCGCAAUCCGCCAGAACGACGCUGCCGCUACAGCCUCUUCAAUUGCCUCUGAGGCUCUUUCGCAUGUCGCAGUCGUUCAGGCCUUUGGAGCCGCUCCCCGUCUUGAGGAGAAGUUCUCUGAGCACAUGGAACGCUCUAGGAAGUUCGCCAUUGUGAAGGCGUCCAUUGCCGCCGUCCAGACCGGUCUUCUAUACUUCAUUGCCUACUCUGGAAACGCCCUUGCCUUUUGGCAAGGUAGUAUAAAGAUCGCAGACUCAGUGGAAAAGAACGAUGGUAGCACGACUGUUGGUGAGAUCUACGCCAUCGUCUACCUUCUCGUCGACGCGUGCGUGAUGCUUGGUGGAAUGGCUCCCACGCUCCCCUUUUUGGGAGGUGCCGUGGCCGCGUACCAGCGCCUCAUGGAAGACAUCAGCGCCCCCUCUGCCAUUGACGGAACUUCAGACGCUGGGACUGUCCUCGAACCGAGCUCAGCCAAGUCCCUCGCCUUCCGCAAUGUUACGUUCGAGUACCCAUCGCGCCCUGGUCAGCCCGUUCUCCAGAACGUGGACCUAGAAUUCCAAGCUGGACAGUAUACCGCCAUCGUCGGCCUCUCUGGCAGUGGCAAGUCUACCAUUGCUGCUCUAGUUGCACGUCUGCAUGAUCCCACAGAGGGUACAGUUGAGCUCGAAGGUCACGACCUGCGUGAGCUCAAUGUCAGGUCUCUGAGAAGCUUCAUCAGCUUUGUUCAGCAGGAGCCUUCUCUUCUCGACCGCUCUAUUCUUGAGAACAUUGCACUUGGACUUGUCAACUCGCCCAAGCCUGCUCACCAGCACCUAAAGCCAUUGCUCAAGGGUCCUGAACUCGCCAAGCUUGCUGCCAAGGGCCAGGACGCCCUCUCUUCCGCAUCUUCUCUAGGACCUGAGUUCGCUGAGAUCGCCAACCUGAUUAAGCAUGCCACUGAACAGGCCGACGCGGCCAGCUUCAUUGAGCGUCUCGAGUCUGGUUAUGGUACUUCUGCUGGACCCAAGGGCUCCCUCGUGAGUGGUGGCCAGCGACAGAGAAUUGCGCUUGCUCGUGCCUUGAUCCGUGACCCUGAAAUUCUCGUCCUCGAUGAAGCCACCGCUGCUCUUGACUCUGCCAGCGAAAAGAGAAUCCAGCUCGCCGUGGAGCGCGCUGCUGCUGAGAAGCGAACCAUCAUCUCCAUUGCCCACCGUCUCUCUACCAUCCGCAACGCCGACAACAUUGUUGUCAUGCAGGCCGGUCGUGUCGUCGAGCAGGGAACGUACGCUGAACUCAUGGCCAAGGAAGACGGUGAAUUCGCCCGCAUGGCUAAGCUGCAGAGCGUUGGUCAUGCCAAGACUGAGGCAGGAUCUGUCUCUGGUGACUCGAUCGAUGCUUCGACUUUGAGAAUGUCCCUGAACGAAAAGACCGACCUGGCUGAGAUCAAGGAGGGUGUCGAGGUUCAGUCUUCAGAGGAUGACAAGGCCGAGGGCGAAAAGAAGGAGGAAGAGCCCAAGGACAAGGAACUCGAUGCCGAGAAGCCAUUCUCUUCCGUCAUGAGGGGUCUUGCCUGGCUGAUCCGCCCAUCUCUCGGCUGGUUUGCCCUUGCCAUGAUCGCUGCCGUCUUCGUUGGAGCCACCUUUUCCGGUUCUGGUAUCAUCUUUGGUUACACUGUCGGUGCUCUCAACCCUUGCGCUAGCAGCGUGGAUCGCAUUCGAUCUCUGGGUCGCAUGUUUGCUGGUCUCUUCUUCAUGCUUGCUGGUGUUGAGCUCAUCGCCAACUUCUUUGCCUGGCUGGGCUUUGGUAUCGUUGCUGAGAAGCUCCUUUAUAACCUUCGUGUCCUGUCUUUCAGGUCUCUGCUUGAGCAGGGCAUCCACUGGCACCAGUCUGAAGGCCGCACCCCAACCAGUCUGCUCUCCAUCAUCACCAAGGACAGUAUGUCUGUUGGCGCCUUCAGCGGAUCAACGUUUGGUACUAUCUUUGCCAUCCUCAUUAAUGUCCUGAUUGCCAUUAUCAUCUCUCAUAUCUUUGCGUGGAAGAUCGCCUUGGUAUGUCUGGUGACUCUUCCCAUCUUGCUUGGCUCGGGUUUCAUGCAGCUGCGCAUGCUGGCUCGAUACGAGGAGCGUCAUCGUGAAGCCUUUUCCACUGCCACAUCGCUGGCCACCGAGGCUAUCCAGUCAAUCCGAACUGUGGCUGUUCUGUCUCUUGAGAACGAGUACAUGGAAGGGUUUGCGCGCCUUCUGAAGCCCCCGAGGAAGCAGGUGGUGCGCGCCUCAGUCUUUACCAACAUCUGGCUUGCCAUCUCAUACACCACUGGCACGUUUAUCAACGCGCUGGCCUACUGGUGGGGUUCGCAGCUCAUCAUGAAGGGCGAAUACACUCAGACAGACUUCCUCAUCAUCCUCGUGGCCAUGCUUACCAGUGCCCAGCUCUGGAGUGGCAUGUUCUCUCUGGCUCCCGAGUUCUCACGAGCUCGUCUAGCUCUGUCUCGUGUCAUGACGGUCGUCAACAUGGGAUCGAGCACCCACACUGGCAAGCCUGGUCAGGACCCUUCAAAGGCGGGCGACGAUGUCGAAGCUACUGGAGAGAAGGCCGUCAGUCCCAAGGACAACCAACGCCGUGGUGGCUCAAAGGUGACGUUCAAGAACGUCUCUUUUGCGUAUCCCAGCCGCCCUGAUGUCACCAUUCUGGACAAUGUUUCGUUCACCCUUCCACCCAACCAGUUCUGCGGUCUCGUGGGUCCUUCUGGUGCUGGCAAGUCGACCAUCAUGAACAUUGUACAGCGACUAUACGAGGCCACCUCGGGCACCGUCCUCAUCGAUGAUCAAGACAUUUCCAAGCUCCCAACUUCAUUCCGCGAUACUAUUGCCCUGGUUCCUCAGGACCCAGCCCUGUUCGACGGAAGUGUGCGGUUCAACGUGGGCUUGGGUGCUCCACCAGGACACGAGGCUACUGAUGCCGAGAUCGAAGAGGCUUGUCGCUUGGCUAAUAUCCAUGAUGUUAUUGCUGCUCUUCCCGAGGGUUAUGACACUGAAUGUGGUCCAUCUGCUUCUCGGCUGUCGGGUGGUCAGCGACAGCGUCUUGCCAUCGCUCGUGCCCUCGUCCGUCGUCCUCGCCUACUUCUGCUUGAUGAGAGCACAAGCGCCCUUGAUGCUGCCAGCGAAGCUGCUCUGCAGGAGGGUCUUGAGAGGGCGUCACGAGGCACGACUGUCCUGGCUAUUACUCACCGACUUCACACUGUGCAAAAGGCCGAUGUGAUCUUUGUUGUUGAGGGCGGCCAGAUUGUCGACAGCGGACGACACUCGCAGUUGAUGGAGCGGAGAGAAAGCUACAGGCUGAACGCCAUGCAACAGAUGCUGCAGUAA